AUGUCGGCAAUCCAGCGGAAAUUGAAGACAAUCCUUAUACUGUUGGUUAUAAUAUACUUGAUCAUCAACAUUUAUCACACAUCACGAGCUAUUUUGCGAAACGAAACGCAGAUCGCUUUGUUGAGAAAAGUUCAAAACAAACCGCUAUGCAUGGCGCAACAGAAAAUAAUUCAGCGUCUUCGAAGACUCACCAAAGAUUUGACUUAUGUUAGAAUGUCUGUAGAUCGCGACAUUGCCAUGGCGAAAGUAAUCGACGGUCAUUACGACAACCUACGACAGCUUCUUCGAGAAAUCGAGUUUAUUACGAGUGCUAGCGUGGACUCCAAAGAUGGGCGAAGACGGUCCGGUGAUGAUCAGGUGAAAGAAUCGCAAAUUGUAUGUCCCGAAGUUUAUAAAGGAUCAACUUAUGGCUAUCCGUUUUACAGAAAAGGUUUUCAAACUGAAGAAUGUUCUGUCAAAAGGGACAUAAAUGAACUUGUGACAUUAAUUUUUGAUGAAGUUGUUUUAACGACAGAAACUGGUGACCAAAUAGAGGAUUUCACCCCUACAAGUCGUACUGACAGGUUUAUUAUGUUCCUUGAAAGCGUGUACCGUUUACAUCAAGGAAUCCGAACUCAUUUUAUUCUAGGAAAAAGUUGGAAUCAACAUGAAAUCGAAACGCUAAGGAGCAAAAUAAUCUUUGAUUUGCACACCAAAAUUUACAUCCACUCUCUCAGAAACUACACGUUUAGCAAAGGAGAAUUACUUCAACACAUUAUAACUGGAAUAAAAACUCAAUAUAUCUUGAUUGCAUCCAGUUUGACACGUUUUACAAACGAUAUCAAUCUUGAAAGGCUUCUAAGAGUUCUCUCGACUCAUAAAAAUACGUUCUUUGCGGGUGGCAGUUGGAGAAACCUUACGGGUCACUGGUCAAACGGCUGCCUUCAAACGCAGCUUAAAAAUUACACCUUGACUUACAAAUCCGGUUAUUAUCGUUCAUUUAGUGAAUGUUUAGUUUGCGAUUACAUAUCUGGCCCAUUUAUGGCAAAAACAUCCGUGUUGAAAGAAUUUAAAUUUCAUUUGCGUGGGAAUAAUGGUAUUUUCCAAGAACUGUUCCUGAGAGUAAAAGAUCGAUAUUUCAACUCACAUCCGGGACUUGGUCACUCUGGGACCUCGGUCAUCAGUUGCCCGGAUGUCAUGUUCCAUCGGCAGCCUUCUCCGGUACUUGACGAAGAUCUCGUAAAUUUUGCAAAGAAACACAGCAUUAAAAAGAUAGUCGAAGCCGAUGGCAAAACUCGAUGGUUUGGUUGUAGAAGGGGUGUAAAGCAUCGUGAAGAAGAAAAAUGUCCCUUGAAGUCAGGAUUUGUCGUUCCACCAUGCUGUUUGGAGAAUUUAGCAGAUGCAAUCAAAUUUGUGAUGGAGCAAUGCGAAAGAAAUAAUAUAACUUGCGAGCUGCAAGAAGGAACCUUAUUAGGAGCUGUUAAACUCAACAAGGUGUUGCCUUGGGAAAGAGAUGCCGAUAUUGCUUUUCUCACUGCAGAUUUUCCAAAGAUAGUCAAGAUAAAAGACGCGUUCACUAGUCAGCGAUAUGUGGUCCAUGAAAUAAGUAUGUAGGAGACAGCAUUUACCUUAUGUUCAGUUUCAAUAUCAAACCUGUUAAUCUUCUUUUGGGUACUCACAAUCAAAGCGAGUUGAUUCGAGAAUCUAUCGAUGACAAAAGGACCUAGUAACCCCUGUCAUUUCCCAAUACUCAAAGCAUAGCAUAACAUGCAAAGAAAUGACUGAUAGUAUGAUAAAAUAAAAUUAAUCUGCCGCAUAUUUCAAGAGGGAACGGAGGCAUAUACCCACAAGCAGCCAUGAAUAUUUCUCUCUUUUGUUAUACAAAUUUUCAUUUAACCUUUUUUCGGAAGAAAAGCAAUUAGCUAAACGACACGUGCACUGCUGACUCCAAGAAAUGUCUGCUCAUUAGGUACUUGAAUACAUUUCCUGUGCAGUUUAAAAUUUGAAUGGUUUUGGUGUUCAGCCGCCAAAUUUGAAAAAGGUUCUAUAACUUGGGCCAUGCUUUUAGCUUUAUAUUCCUUUUCAGAGGAGCCAUGGUGCUGUGUAGAAGGAAUUGAAGCUGGUGGUAAGAUUGAGCUACUAGCUGAUGGAUGGUCCAUUCAGAUGUACGGCCAGCAUCGGAUGAACCCAAGAGAGAUCCUCGUCAAUGAGCACCUCCCGACGAAGGUCCUCUUUAGCGGAAACUGGUUAAACGCUCCUUACAAUCCAGGGCUUUAUGUAAGACAUCGCUACGGUCAGGAAGUUUAUAAACACGCCGAACACUGGUUAUCGACUGGAAAACAGUCCGGUUGGGACAAGUACGAAACUGAAGUGUUCAGUUCAUGUCCUGUGAAGGGAUUCCACGGGUGUCUUGACCAAUAUGAGCCUGACGGGUCCAUACAGUUCGAUAAUCACUGGUAAAUCUGCCUUCGAUUUAAUUAAUACUUAACUUGUCGGCAUCAGUCUGAUCUAUUCCGUACAGACGAUGUGGUUUGGUUAAAUUGAGUAAAUCAGCCAUCAGGUAUGUAACAGUUCUAAGGCUAAUGUGUAAGUUUAUUGAAAUUUGAUUAAUCCCGGGACGAAACAACCCUUAAAAUUCCCAAGAAAAACUGUUCGACUCUCAUUUUCAAUUGAUAUAACAGAUGAUCAAAAUGAAAAUGAAGUCAAGUAGGUCACGAUGAAAGCUUGACAAUGAGAUCAUAGCUCUGCGUAUACUCGAGUCUUACUUUAACAUACAAUCUUCGACAAGGUUUUUAAAGACUUCAAGUGUUCACCCUUUAUUGAAAAAAGUAGCCGGAAUGGAAGGCCUUCUCCGUUCAUCAGUUGUAUUUUUCUUUUGUGUGACUGUGCUCACCAGUCUAGCGCCCUCUCGCAGCAUGGACCCCAAUGUCUCCUUGCGCGAGUCAAAUAGUUUACCUUGCUCCAUCUCCAUCAGGUUCGACAUCAAAUCGCCACCAGUUAUCUGUGUGGGCUGAGGACAUGCAAAUAGUGUUAAUCACUGUAAAGGGUUGAGUGAUUUAGAUUAAUAUUAUUGCUUCUUCUUCCAAAUGACAUGUAAUCCAUGGCAGGUUGUCAAUCCCCCCCCCCUCAAGUAUUCCUUUCGCUUCCAUAACAGUUUGCUGGCACCUAUUCAUACUCUUGGAUGGAGAGAGGUAUUACGAGAGUAAAUUUUCUCUCCCCAGAUCACAACACAAGGAGCUCGAACUCACACCUCUCAGUGCAGAAUGGUAGACACCAGGCCACCACAUUGGACACUACAUGUAUGAUAGAACUUUGAAAAUAAUGCAUAGAAUACUCUCCCAA